AUGGCACCCCGCACGGCCCCACUGCUGGCCCUCAGCCUGCUAGUUCUCUGGACCCCCCCUGCUCUGGGCGGUGCCAACGACGCGGAAGACUGCUGCCUGUCUGUGACCCAGCGCCCCAUCCCUGCCAUGAUCGUGCGAGCCUUUCGCUACCUGCUCCUGGCAGACGGCUGCAGGGUGCCGGCGGUGGUGUUCACCACGCUGAGGGGUCACCAGCUCUGUGCACCCCCAGACCAGCCCUGGGUGGACCGCAUCAUCCGGAGACUGCAGAAGCUCUCUGCCAAGGCAACAUCAGCCCCCACUGUCAAGGCCCUGUCCCAUGCCUCUCAGGGCCCUACCACCCUCCAGGGCGCCACAACCCUGAACUCGUGUCAGUUCCCUGAAAGGGCCAAGUCCCAGGAUGAGCAACCGAGCCCUGCUGACUUUCCUGCCCGUGUGGCUGGAGCUGGGACAGGCAUCAAGGUGCUGGUCUCCUGCUGUCCCCAGUCCGAAUGCCCCCAGCUCCACAUGGCCUGGGCUUUGCACGGCCUCCCAUCCCAUGGAGGCAGGGCGCUGUGCCUGGCCGCCGCAGAGCCCUGGGAACCUGGCCAGGGCCCCACCUCGUCUCUACUCAAGCAUCAUCCAUGUCCCAGCACCCCAAGAGAAACAGAAAGACGACAGGGCCCCCAUCCUGCCUCACUGAUGGCAAGUGGUCGGGCCAGCCUCCAGGCCGAGUGUUCUCUGCGGGCAGCCCUUCGCACCCCUGCCUUGGACUCUCGGCCCUUCAGCCUCAAAGCAGUGCCAGCUCAGGCUGUCACCUCACCACCGCGAGUCACCCACUGCCUUACUGGGUCCCAGCGAGGGAUCCCGGAGCCUCUCCAGGGUCAAGACAUGCCCUCCCCUGCCCCAGAAUCAGGCACCCAGACCCGUGCCCCGCUGACCCAGCCAUGA